AUGCUCGAUCCGUCAAAUGGCACAAAUACCGACAUAAAGGCGAUGUGCGAUAACCACUCUUCCUUCCCGACCGAGGCGAUGAACUGUGUCACUAGCAACUGCAACGUUGAAGAGAUGAGAGGUCUGAUGGAGUUUGGCGUAGAGUUCUGCAAUAUGCCUCUGCAGGAUAACCGCCAGAUGUAUCGAAUUGUCAUCAUUGUAUUUACCACGCUGGCGAUGUUCUUUGUCGCCCUCAGAGUAGCCUCCAAGUUCAUCACCAAGAGCCCCUGGGGACCAGAUGAUACAUGGGCAGUCAUUGCAUUUGUAUUCUUAAUACCCUUAACUGUCUUUAUACUACUGGCAAUACAACAUGGCAUCGGCCUUGCUCUUCCUUUAUUCAGUCAAGACAACAUGAAGAAGGCUAUCAAGGAGAUAGUUAUUGUGCAUACGAUGUACCUGUGCGCCUUGGCUGCAGCAAAAAACUCGAUCCUCUUUUUCUACCUCCGCGUGUUUCCAGACAGCCGAUUUCGAAUUGUAGUCUGGGCGACAAUCGCCUUCAACGUAAUAUCCACAAUUGUCAUUUCCGUCCUCAACUUUACUGUUGGGGGAGCUGUGGGUAAUUUACUAAAUGUGAAGAACUUGAGCACUCUUGAUCCGGAAGACUACGUACCGAGCAUCAGAGUUGUAUUGGCUAGUUGUAUAAUUAAUUUGGUGGUUGAUGUCUGGAUGCUCAUCUUGCCCAUGACACAGCUCUGGAACAUCGGACUCAAACUUAACAAGAAGAUCAGCGUCAUCUCUAUGUUUGGACUAGGGGUUUUCUGUCAGUCUGGUACGGACCGUCUUGACGGAAAAGCUACUUUCGAAUCCUUCACAAGCAGGCAAGUAAACGACUGGUCAACUGGACAUCGUCUUGUGGGCAUUAAUCGAGACUGGGACAACGGCAGUAGCGGAUGGGAUGGAACACGAGAAGGUGCUUACGACGAAGAGUAA